UGUGAAAUAUGAUGUCGUUUAAAUGGACGAAAAAAACAAAGAUGCUUUGUUGGAAUAUGGUCCAUUAUUCUUUACUUAUUAAGUCACGCCGAAAUGCCCCAAACAUUAUGGACACAUCUUGAAUACAAGACAAUGUUGAAGAUUAUGGACGCAUCUUGAAAAUAGGACAAGGUUAAAAAUUAUGGAUAUUUAUGUGUUUUUCUUCUUCGUAAUUUUGCUGUCAACGAAUCCAUCCACUGCGACAACCUCAACAGGAGCGACAACCGCUGGGUCAGAAACUCUGUCAUCAACAUCUACGUAUACGUCAGGAGGAACAACCACUACCUCAGCGAGUUGUAAAAUUGACAUUGUAUACGUAAUUGAGAGGUGCUACUACACACGGUCCGCAAUUAACGAUAUCAAUGGUUUCUUUGCUGACCUCACAGAGGAACUCAGAAAUAAUAGUGCAGGGGUGGAUCUCAAAGUGGCCUACCUCAUUUACGACUCCAAUAUAGACUACGAAAAACCUUUCAUCAGCAAUCUAACACAAGUAAAACUAGAACUGGAAGCAAUACCAAUAUCGUAUUCGUCUUCUUAUUACGCCAAGAUGGCACUGGAGUACGCGUAUUUUGAGUUUGUGAAAAUUAAGAACGGUAAACGACUGGAAGCACACACUUACUACGUCCUGCUGAGCGCCUACAAGAGUUCCAGUUAUCCAGCGGCCGGCAUCGGUACAACCAUCAGAACGUUCAACAAAAACAAAAUGUUCGCUGUCGGAUGGUUGCCAUCAACUGCCUUGGAGAGCGAUCUACUAACUGCUGUAGGAGACAAUAGCCAUUACUUUGCUAUUAAUAGCAUCGCGUCUGACUUAGUUCAUGCCAGACAAAGUCUUUUACAAAAACUCUUGACGUGUCCAACCGCCGUAGACACACCUAUAUUACCGAAUUGUAAGCUGGAUGUUGCGUUCAUAGUAGAGAACUCCUACUACACGGAUACAAAAUACACAUCGACAUUCAUGUCUGAAAUUAUGAACGGGAUUGACUUUUCCUCCGGGAACAUACAAGUAGCAGUUGUUACUUACACAUCGACUGCAGUGACUCUGUUUAACUUAAAUAUGUAUAAUUCUUCAGACGAGUUACGUCAAGCUAUCGAGGCAAUGCCAUCGACCUCUUCUUAUUCUCGGUCUCUUAACGUUGGUUUAGAGCAUGCGCGAGACAAUAUUUUUACUUCCGCUAAUGGCGAUAGAGCAGAUGCUUGGAAUUACUAUAUAUUCACUGGAACAGCAUCGUCUAAUACGGACUCCAUUGGAAGAGAUAUACGGUCAUCUGGCAAUGCCUACCUCUUUGCUCUUGAUAUAGGAAGUUCUUAUGCAACUGAAUGGAAAGCCACGAUUGACGACUGUGGGGAUGAAUCAAGAUAUAUCUAUGUGUCUGGGGAUGAAAACCUGUUCACCAUCAGAAGCAAUGUUACCUCAAUGAUGACAACAUGUCCACAACUAUCGAAUAACACCGAUUCGAUACCAAUAUCUCCAUCAUGCAAGAUAGACCUUGUUUUUAUCUUGGAUGAUACAACAUCCAUAUCCAUUGCCGAAUUCGAUGACCAACUGAAUUUUUUCAUAAAUAUUAUGAAAAACAUAGAAAUUUCUGACGAUGGGAUAAGGGUUGCCCUAGUCACGUAUGGGGAUAACGGAUUCAUGGUAUUUUCAUUGGAGCAAUACAACACUUCAGCAGACGUGCAAACCGCCAUUGCAAAUAUUGCCCGAGGCAACUCCGCCUACAGCCGUUCAUACAGAUAUGCAGAUCGUGCGAUAGAGUACGCUUCAGAAGUCGUUUUCUUGGAAGAAAAUGGAGACCGAGUGGAUGCUAUAGAUGUUUACAUUUUGUUGACACAUGGCUACGAUUACGGUACUGUGGAAGAUUAUGUCCCCGUUCUGACGUUAGACCCAAACAACAAAGUCUUUAUAAUAGUUGUAGCAUAUUCUUCCUAUGCUGUGUAUCAGACAGCGGUUGGUCCCAGUAAUCUAUUCAUCUGGCCGGAUUUCUCUAGCUUGACAUGUAAUAGACAGAAUUUUUUGACGAACUUUACACAAUGUGCAACAACAUCGCCCUUACCAGUUAACAUUACCACGCCAGAUUGUAAACUGGAUAUUGUCUUCAUUCUGGAGCAAACGUCCUCUUCCAAAGAUGAAAAAUUCCUGCACCUUAAGUACUUCUUCGCUGACUUGGCCUCACAAAUUAACGUCUCACCAACCACCGUUAGAAUUGCAGCCAUUACCUUCAACAACAACCAACAGACAGUGUUCAAUCUUAAUACCUACUCUACUUCCGCUGAAGUCGCUUAUGCCAUUAAGAAAAUUCCAGACGAAGACUCGAUUUCAUAUAAUUACGUUGAUGACGCUCUGGCGUACGCCGCUUCCGAAAUUUUUACUGUUGCAAACGGAGACAGGGCUGAUGCCGACAAUUUCUACGUGUUUUCUAUUGACAGCAGUCGAUCAGGUACCGCCACAGAAGGAGAACUUAUACGCCGAAACGUUACCAACCACAUAUUCGCUGUAGACAUUGCCAGUGGUUAUCCUACAGAGUGGAAGAACACAGUUGGCGACGAACAGAAGUAUUUUUAUGUGUCUUCCUACUCAGCACUGUCAGCUGUUCAAUCAGAGGUUCUAGCAGCCAUAACAACGUGUCAGAUCUACACAACAACAACACAACCUACGACAACAACGACAGCAGAAGUUACAACUCAACCUACGACAAUCCAGCCUACGACAACGACCGACCAAUUAACAACGACAUACAAACCCACAACAACAACAGCCCAAACUACGACAACAAGGAUGGCAGAAAUCGCAACGACAACAACCCAACCUACGAAAACAACUCCAGACCAACUAACGACAACGUCGUCUCAUUCUACGAUAACUCAAGAUCAACUUAAGACAACAACAACAGACUUACUAAUGACGACGACAUCUCAGCCUACAACAACUACAGACCAACCUACAACAACUACAGACCAACCUACAACAACUACAGAUCAAUUUACAACAACGACAGCUCAGCAAAUGACAACAACAACAACCGAACCAACAACAACAACGACUGACAAAUAUACGACAUCAACAAUAACAACCCAACAUUCGACAACUUCGCCAGUGCAACUUACGACAACAACUUCUGUAACAUCCCCAGUGUCAGUGCCAGUCACAUCGCAAACUGUUUUAGCAACGACACAAGUAGAUAAUACCACAACUCAACCAUUGACAACCGCAACACUCACUACCAGUACAGCAUCAAAUUCUCAAACUACUACAUCACAAAGUUCCACAUCCUACACAACGACAACUUCACAACAACCGAAUACCACAACAGAAUCAACAGGGACUACAAUGAGCUCUUCUUCAGCAUGGACAACAACAACAACAACGAUCCCUCCAACGACGACAGAGCAACCAAUAGCGGGUUGCGGAACUGAAUCGAAACUUUAUCCGGAUUACAGCUCUUUAAUAUCAAAAGUAGACAACGAUAUAGGUAGAAUGUACCUAUUAAACGACAGUGACACCACAGUAUCGUGUUGUGGACGGAUAUCGGAGUGGGAGGUGGAGCAUCACACUUCCGGUUUUGUGGAGUUCAUGGUUUGGCGUCCCAUUAUUGGCGGAAAAUAUAAACUUGUUGGAAUGAACUCAUUUUUAUUAAACGACGCCGGGACCACUAAUGUAACUGUUUUGCAGGAGGAGAGAAUAGCUGUCUUACCCGGAGACGUCAUAGGAUGGCGAUGUGCAGAGGAGAAUUUGAUAAUGUUCAAGGACUGUUCAAGUCUUCAAGGCUGUCCAACGCAGACACGGAAGACUGUAUCUCCCAGGAAUCUAGUCCCGGGGACAGAGUUCAAUUGGACGGCGGACUCUGCAGUUAUCUCAGGAGCAUUCUACGUAGUCAAAUUUACGCUUGAGAACAAUACAGCCAACUACUUUCCAUCAUACAAUAUUAGUGUAAAGGAUCACAUCGAGAUAGGAGGAUAUGUGGCGAAUCUCGGUUUGAAAGGUGUGGAUUACAUGGAAAGCAUUACUUACCGAAUUCUACCAGAUCCACUUGAUGUCAAUGAUACGUGGAAAUAUUUCUCCGUGGACUCUGAAGGAAUAUUGAGAACAGCUCGGCGUUUACUGCCGUCCAGAUAUUUGAACAUUUACCGCAUGAUUGUGACAGCUGACGGCUCUUGUGGGAACACAGCCUCCGUAUCACUGGACAUUUCUGCUCAGAAUUGGCCACCGUUUAUUCAAUCUCUUCCUAACUCUAUCGCCAUCAAAGAGGACACGCCCCCAAAUGAGGUCAUCUACACCACUGAGGUCAACGAUCUCUAUGGUGAUCCAGUGUGCUGCACCUUGUCUCACACUCAUCCACAGACCUUCAACUUCAACGUCACCAAUGACCCUCCAGGAUCAAGCCUCUAUCACGUUGUAACCACUCGCACAGCGAGAUUCAGAUAUGAGGAUUUCAACUCCUAUAUGAUUUACAUGUGUUGUGAUGAUACCCAGAAUCGAGCGGAGGGAGUGCUGAUAGUCAAUAUAAAGAAACCCGUGGUCACAACACCUUAUACACCUCCUAAGUGGUUCUUUACUUCCAUAGCUGUCGGUAUGAUACCAAUCACCAUUAUAACCACCAUAGGAUGUGGUCUCUUGUGGCUGACAAUGUUUGCCACUUAGUGAGGUUUAUACCUCAUCGGGGUAAUAAGCCUGUGCU